AUGGCAUAUCCAGCAUCGGCAUCAUCGGUGCUGCUGGUGCAUUUGGGCGCGGUGGGCGCGCUGGCCAGUGGCGUAGCGCUCUGCGGGGGCGGGUGGGCCUGCAUAUGCGGGGGGCUCCUCCAUGCUCUACAUCCGCUGCAGCUGUGGACGGUGUGCGGGCUGCAUGCUGACAGGGCAGCCGCUAUCGCUGCGCCGCUGCAUUACGCUGCCAUCGUCUCGGCUAAAAAGGUGUUGAUCGGCGUCGCGAGCGGCUGGGUGAUGCUGCUGGUGCUCAUGACUCCUCUGGUGGUGGCCCAGCCGCCCCUCGCCUACAGCAUUGGCCUGGGCGGCUGCGCCCCUGACUGCAGCGCCGGACCGCUCGCCCUAAGCUUCUGUAUCACAUACGCGCUGCUAACGUUCUUUCUACCGACAAUACUAGUGCUCAUCUGUAGCUUAAAGAUUAUGCGCAUCGCCCGCUACCACCGGCAUCGCAUAGCCGCGGCCAUCUACGAGGUGACCCUGUCAGCUCAGGUGACGGUGACCCACCAACGCAACCCUUUCGCGACGCCACCGCCGCCGCGGAGAAAAGCCUUAUCGGCGGUUCUGCAGCCUCUAGGAUCAUUGGCCAUCCUGUACCUGCCGUACUACUGCAUAAUGAUCUGGCCGGCCGUUGCGGUCCCCCCGCAGCCUUUAGCAGCCAUAUCAGCUGCUCUACUCUCUGCGGCGCCGCCUGUAAACGGCAUACUGUAUGGAAUAAGAAGUCGAGCCCUCCGCGAUUCGUUGCGAAACUACAGGCGGAAACGAAUGACCAAGAGCGAGGUGACGCAGGAGAUUCAGGCGCGGACGCCGAGCGCCUGUGGGUCACGAAGACCUUCCCUGAGUGCAGGGUCCGGCUGCAUCCGGCCCCCAACGACCAGGCGAUUAUCUGACGCGGCUGCCAUGGGCCUAAGAGGUUCGGAGCGUCCAGCUCCGCGGGCAUCAUCGUGUAACAUGCUGCAGAACUCUCAGGAGGACGAAGUUCCUAGGCCUCGAGCAUCAGCCAUUCCUCUGAUCCGGGCUCCGCCACACGUGGUGCUCGGUCGGGCUCUGGGAUUGGAGGAGAAUAUCGGGAUCGCGCCCAAUCGGAGACGGCGGCAGUCUCCUCGUAUCACGGUGACCAGGGCGUUGUCCGACGAGAGCGAGUCUCCUUCUCGUCGGCCGCUGUGUCGCCAGCAGUCGCGGUCAAGUGGGGCGCUGCUCGGCAUCAUGUGCUCGACUGCUUUACCUGAGCACGUCAACGACAACGCCGACGAGCAGCUGCUUCUGUCCUGGCCGCAGCGGACGAAGAAGCAGGAGGUUAUGUAAACACUUUUGAUAUACUAAAGCUAUUGAUGUUUGUAGACAAUAAGAUUCUGUUGUGUCAAGAAGCGUGUCCAUUAGAGCUAGGUCGAAGACUGUACUUAAUUAUCCUCAGCUGUUGAAUCUUCAUAGUCUAUUUUUAUCGUACUUCGUCCGUGGCACGUUUCAGAAUGUCGCAAACCUUGCAAUUGACGACGUAAGU